CCUUGUAGUAAAUUUGCUCCUAUCAAAGAAAAAAGAAGGCAGAAGCUAGGGUUUCCGGGGGAUCGCCUAUUCGGUGUCGUUUCGAUCAAUCCAGGGAGAUGGGUGGCGGUAAUGCUCAAAAGUCUAAGAUGGCUCGCGAGAAGAACAUCGAGAAGGCAAAAGCUGCAGGCAAAGGAAGCCAAUUGGAUGCAAACAAGAAAGCCAUGAAUAUCCAGUGCAAGGUUUGUAUGCAGACGUUCAUGUGCACAACAUCGGAGGUUAAGUGCAGGGAACAUGCUGAAGCUAAGCACCCGAAAUCUGACCUUGUCACUUGCUUUCCGCAUCUCAAAAGCUGAGUGGAAUUGACAAAUUGCUCUAAAGAAGCAGUAUAUCAUAUCAAUGUUUACUUGAACCAGUUGGUAUUAUCUAUCUGUUUGAAUGUGUGCACGAUAAUCACUGCUCUGGUCCUGGUAACUCUGCUAUGUCGAAAUCUGGUGUUAUUAGUGAAUGUGAAACUUUAGCAUAUAUGUGAAUCAUUUCAUUUACUCUCUGUUUAAUCCGUGAUUAUGAGGGCACUUGAGGUGUGAUCAUGCCAUCAAGUCAUUUCAUGUAAAAUAAGCUUGAAACUGUACUUUACUGAAGACACCAAGGAAGUUUCUGAAUAAACGUGGUAAUUCUGUAAA